AUGCGCUCGCUGCCAAAAACGAAGGAUUGGGCUAACUCAGGCAUCAAUGGCCUUCAGUGCGAUGCGGUGGUUCCUGUCUGUGGCGGUUGCCAACGGGCCCGUGUGGACUGCAUCGAGGGUGGAAUGUCCGGGACAUUUCCCCUAGACCCUGUUCCGCAGGCUGCGCAUACUAGGGAUGGCUGGAACCCAGCUCGUGACGUAACGGAUCAACUAGGUCUAGUAUCGGUCAUUGCUGGGGCAGAUCUGCGCUAUCUAGGGCCUUCUAGUGGGCUGUUCUUCACGAGCGGCGUGGAUGUCACACCAAUUGAUCAUUUUCAGAUUUUCAUGGUUUUGGCUAUUGGUGUUACCAUUCGAUCCCGCCAGGCAAAAGUGCUACUUUCAGCUGAAGGGUACUGCGCCUCUGCAAUUCUCCAUUUGGAUGCCAUUUUUCAUAAAUCUUCUCUGCGCGGUGGAUCAGCCUUUGGACCCUUCAUUAUAACUCUGGCCGCCGUAAUGGAGCUCGGACUGCAUCGCAACGUUCAAGGCUCUGCCUUCACCGAGUUCGAUCAGGAGAUGCGCACCCGGGCUUUCUGGUGCGUCUACAUGAUGGACCGCUACUUGAGCACAAUACUCGGCAGGUCGAUAGGGUUAAAUAGACGAGCAAUGCAAUUUGAGGGUACCUCACUCCUACCGCGAGAAAUCAACGAUGAAGAUCUGAAGCCCAAUCAAGAGAUACCGGCUCUAGCCACUGGAGCUAUAACCGAUAUGUCUAGCGCAAUCCAUCUCUUCAAGCUUGCGCGGUUUAACGCUGAGAUCAAAUGUGUGCUAUUUUGUGUUGACCGAAAUUAUCUCCCUUACACGCCCCCUGCUAUAACGGACGUCAAGCGAUGGCAGGAACAUAUGCUGAACCGUCUGCGCCAGUGGAAGUCGUCCAUCCCGUGCCAUCCGCCAGAUAGCCCCGCAUGCUAUCUGAACGACCUGCUAGAAAUCAAGUACCACGAGCUCGUGAUGCUGGUCUCCUUGUUCCUAUGCGUGAUGACGAUUUUCUAUUGCGUCUGGGCGCCGGACGGCGUGGGCGAAGAGACUGACCUCGACACUGUUCUAUAUGCCUUGAAAUCCGCAGGCCAGGAUGUGUUGAGUGGCAUCACAAGGGCUACGGUGCGGCGGUUCGCACAGAGUCUUGUGCGGGCGGGGCAAUCAGCUAUAUCACACCCAAUGGGCGAGAGCCAUCGCAGCCUUGCUGGUGAGGAGCCGAUUGGCUCGAAUAUCUUGGACACUCGAGGGGAUGUCACUGGUAUCGGAGAGGCCAAAGAGGCCUUAUUUGAUUCGUAUUAUGUCCCACUGCAGCAGCCUACUGCCACAUCCGAGAUCUUAUCGUUCUUUGCGGGGCCCCAGUCCGAGACUACUCUGGACUGGUUGAACACUCGUUGGGAUACAGCCGGAGGAAUGGGAGAUAUAAUGAAGGAUUUGGUCUCUGGAGGCUAUUAG